CCAAUUACCAACCGCACUGUGGGUCAAUAUCAGGCACCGCUUUCCUUCUCAAAAGUGGCGGGAAGGAUAAUAUCCGGUUCUCACACCAUCUGAGACGGAAACCCUCCCUUCUGUUAUGCUCACAAUUUCCGCCCUCGGUGCCCCAUCCUGUAACCCUAAUAUUUUCUACCUCUAUAACCACCACUUCCAUUGUUUUAGCUUCCACAAGGUCCCAAAUCGAUUCUUUCGCUUCGGGUUCCACUCUUCUUCUACAGCGAUGCCUCCUUCAUCUGCUUCGAAAAUCGUCGCCGAAUACGCGAAAUCGAACCGGUCGUCGUGCAAGAAGUGCGCUAAAGCUAUCGCGUCUAAAACCCUAAGACUGGGUAUUGUCACCAAAGACUCGCGAGGGUUCGAUCUCACAAAAUGGCACCACUUGGAUUGCUUCUCUGAUCCAGUUGAAUCGGUCGACUCCGUUUCCGGGUUCGAUUCUCUACGGGGUAGUGAUCAGGAAGCUUUGAAGAAAUUGGUGGAUGGACAAAAGAGGACUCUAGAGGAGAAAACAAAUGAAGACAGAGAAGAAUUUGAAUCAGACAAAAGAAGUGCAAAGAAAAUUAAGCCAUGUACACCUCAUGAGGAAGCUAAGCUGGAAGUAAGAUUCUUAAUCUCUGAUGUCAAGGACAAGUACAAGAAUGCUGAUUUGCCACCAAAGUGGAAGGCAUUCCAGACACUAAUAUUUCUUGACAGGGAAGAUGGUCUUCGUGACUCACAGAAGAUUGCGGCAUUUGAUUUUGAUGGAUGCCUUGCAAAAACAUCUGUCAAAAGAGUAGGUCAGGAUGCUUGGUCUCUUAUGUAUCCUUCAAUACCAAGCAAGCUGCAGAGUUUGUAUGAUGAAGGCUACAAGCUGGUAAUCUUUACUAAUGAAUCCAACAUUGACCGCUGGAAGAAUAAAAGACAAGUAGCUGUGGAUUCAAAACUUGGACGCCUCAGUAAUUUUAUCAAGCAGGUGAAGGUCCCAAUUCAGGUUUUUGUAGCUUGUGGGUAUGAUAAUUCUGAUGGCUCUCAAGAUCCCUUCCGCAAACCUGAGCCUGGAAUGUGGCGAAUUAUGGAGAAACAUUUCAACUCUGACAUUUCAAUCAAUAUGGAUCAAUCCUUUUAUGUUGGCGAUGCAGCGGGUAGACCCAAUGACCAUAGUGAUGCUGAUUUAAAAUUUGCCCAGACCAUUGGCCUCAAAUUUUAUGUCCCUGAGGAGUACUUUGGUGCUGAAUGACACUUCCAAAGUGGCUGAAUAUGGAGAAAGAACGCUUUGUCAUUGUUAUGCAGCGAAGAAUAUGAGAGGGUUAGUUGGGCAAGGGGAGUGAAACCUAUGUCUUUUGUCAUGGUUCCGGGGUCUGGAUACUGGAUAAAUAUUUUUGAUGGUCUGGUCUUCUGUGAUGGUAAAUAUUUUUGAUGGUCUUGUAUUUAUCUGGACAAUUCUGGUGGUAGUAACUAGUAACCCGAAUAAUCUUUUUCUGUAUUGAAGCCAUAUAUGAGUAGUGCUUUCUAUCUCCC